AUGUAUAGUGGAAAGCAGGCUUCAACUCCUGAAACUGGAUCAAAAACUGAAAAACUUGUAUUAAAGUUGAUGCGGCAAUGCAUAUUAUGUGGACAUCAUCUAUUUAUGGACAACGACUACAAGUCUGUGAGCUUGUCACAAAAAUUACUUGAAUUGAGAACUCAUACAACUGGCACUUUACGUACAAAUCGCAAAGAUAACCCUAAAGACAUAGUUAAUAAAAAACUGAAGAAAGGUGAACAUGUGUGGGUACGCAAGAAUAAAAAGGCCCCUCGACGCCAUCGUCGACAGGCGUUCUGGCAAAUCAUGCACUUAAAUCAUUGA